GUCAAUAUAGCCUAGGUUUUCUUGUUUGAUUUAUAUUUUAAAUUUAAAAAUUAUAUGACGUAUAAAUUAAUUUUACAUAGGUUUGAUUAUUUAUAAAUGAUGAGCUGUUACAAGUUAAUUCAACGCUAAAGAAUAACGACUAAAGCAAGAAAUUAAAAAAGGAAUUUCGAAGCGUGAGCAUAUUGAAUCGUAGCUGUGAUGCAGGAUUCAACAUACCAUCAGUCGAAACCUGUGUAGAAAAAAGAUAAAGAACUGAUUUCUAGAGCUUGAUCAAAUAUUUUACUUUGCUAAACAUAAAUUUGAUUUGAUUGCCAAAUUUGCGGUUAAGGAAAUUUACAAUGUCGAUAUGUGAGCGUAUGAAGAAAGGACGCAGGGUACCUCCCGAUGAUAUCGAUGACUCCAAGCGUUACUUGGAUAUCUACAAACUGAUUGCGUUGGGCUUGGGCGGCACUUUGGGUCAGGGCAUUUAUGUGCUGACCGGACAGGUGGCUCGCGAGCUAGCUGGGCCGGCAGUGACCCUGUGCGUUUUCAUUGCGGCAGUGGUGUCGAUGCUUGGCGGCAUCUGUUAUGCGGAUCUAUCCUCGCGAGUGCCGCGUCCCGGCAGUGCCUACAUCUACAGCUAUAUGAUCAUGGGCGAGUUUGUCGCCUUCACCGUCGGCUGGAGCAUGAUACUGGAGUAUAUGACGAGCACGGCGUCAGCGGCACACAGCCUCGCUGCCUAUCUGGAUGCCCUAUUGGAUCAGAGGCUAUCGCGGGCAUUCCAAAGUGUAUUAACUAUGAAUAGCAAGUACACGUUAGGCUAUCCGGAUUUUCUGGCCUUGGGUCUGAUCCUGUUGUCUGCAUGUGUGAUUGCCUUCGGCAUCAAAAAGUCGUUCUGGCUGAAUCUGAGCUUCAUUGCCGUCAAUCUGAUAACCAUUUCCCUAGUCUUUAUCAAUGGCACCACAAUAUCCAAAAUACAAAACUGGUCUCUCAAAUCAAAGGACGUGGAGGAAGACAUAGGUGUCGGCGGCUACUUUCCAUAUCCCAUUGCAAAGAUGUUCAAGGGCGUGGCUAUUUGCUUUUUCGGGUUCGUUGGAUUCGAUUGCAUCACCUCGACGGCCGGCGAGGCCAUCAAUCCCACUCAUAACAUACCCAUGGCCAUUUUUGCCACGAUGCUAAUGGUAUUCUGUACCUACUCUCUGAUGAGCACCAUACUAACUCUAAUGGUACCCUAUUAUCUCAUCAAUCCGAUAACCCCGUUGGCAUCCGCCUUUCAAUACCAUAAAAUGUACCAUGUGCAUACGUUCGUCACAGUUGGCUCUGUGCUCGCAUUGUGUGCAUCCCUGCUGAACUCCAUGUUCCCGCUGCAGCGCAUCCUUCGUGCCAUGGCCCAAGAUGGCUUCAUGCUCAAGGGCUAUGCCAGCGUGAAAGGCUGGACAAAGUCUUCUAUGUUGGCCACCUUUUUCUUGACCAGCAUUGCGGCCGUUGGUACGCUGGUCCUCCAUUUCACCUUCUCGAUACAGCUCUCCAUUAUUGGCGUCUUGCUGGACUAUACCAUCGUGGCCAUUGGCGUUGUUAUGCUGCAUUACAAGAACGAUCGCAAGAAUGAGAAUGAGGCCGUGGAGGAAAUCAACUUCAAAGUGGUGAUGCGUCAGAUUUGCAGUGGACGACAUGGCAAGAAAGCGAAUACAGUGUCUAACUACAUUACGCGUUUAUUUCUAAUCAUUUUUAUCGUCGUCUCUGUGCUCUUCUGCUUGGCCUUCAAGUGCUUUACCAUCACUCAUCAGCUGUGGGCCAUUGUGCUGGCCACCUGUUUCGCCGUGUUGAACAUCGUCUGCGUUAUCAUAAUUGGCAUACAGCCACAGUCAAGCGCCUUGCCGCCAUUCAAAACGCCUCUUGUGCCGUUCAUACCCUGCGUCAGCAUUUGGAUUAAUAUUUUUCUGGUAUCCACAUUGUCGUGGCUGUGCCUUGUGCUUUAUUUGAUCUGGAUGAUAGUCGGCUAUGUCGUAUAUUUCGGUGUAAUUACCGUAGAUUUUUUAGAGAAAAGGAUCACCAGCAAACUGGCUAAGCAGAUGAUUGACAGCUUCAAAUUUCUGGUGUGAAAUAUAUGUGCUUUCUUAUUUUUGUACACAAUAUGUAUAAUAAAAUUCAAAAAUAA